AUGACAUCUCAAAAUGAUGCCCCUGUUAAAAAAAUAAUUAAUGUUUCUGAUUUGGUUAAGGGAACAAAGUAUAUCACUAUUGCAGUACGGAUAAUACGGGUUUAUGAGAAGCCAAACUUUAUGAACAAUCUGGAAGCUGGUAGUAUUGAAAUGAUUUUAAUGGAUGUACAUGGUACAAAAAUACAUGCCAGUAUUCGGAGGAACCUAAUAGUUGCUUUCUGGCCUAAGAUUGAGGAAGGAGGAUUUAGACAUAUUUCAAAUUUUUUGCUACGUGAUAAUGCUGGAUACGAGCUAACUACGCAACAUAAAUUCACCAUUUCAAUGAAUUAUGGAUCGUCCAUAGUGGAUUGCAAUGCUUUGGAUAUCCCACAAUAUGGUUUUGAAUUUGUUCCAUUUGGUGAUAUUUUGGCCAAAAAAGGUUCUGAUGUUUAUCUCAUUGAUAUAAUUGGGCAAGUGACUGCGUAUGGUGAACUAACCAAGACCACUAAAUCGAGGUGCAUGACUAUUGAGCUGAUGGACACAACGAAUGACAACCUAACAUGUGUUCUAUGGGGCACACAUGCUUAUGAGAUGAUAAAUUACAUAAAUGCUGAGGGAGCUAAUGGUGCAAUUGUUGUCAUCUUACAGUUUGCAAAACGAAUCAUGUAUAAAGGUGGUAUUCGUGUUCAAAAUUCUCGAUAUGCUUCAAGAUUGUUCAUUAACACACAACUAUCUGAAAUUAUUGCUUUUAAAGAUAGCAUGUGUUGCAAAACUCAACAAAUAUCUGGCCAACUAACUCAACUGACGAAUGAGAGUGAUGACUUUUUGAAGCAAGAAUAUGUAAAAGAUAUUUUCGACAUUAUGAACAUGAAGAAGUCUUGUGUAUGCGUUUGCCUAGCCACAAUAGAUGAUAUAGAUGUUGGGUAUAGUUGGUAUUACGAUGGAUGCAAUAGAUGUAUGAGUGGAGUUAUUAGGGAAGAUGAUGUCAUCCGGUGUAGAAAGGAGAAUGUUGUGUUACGUAGUACAACACCAAGAUUCAAGAUAAAAUUGAUUGUUGCUGAUAAAUCUGGAGAUGCUACUAUUAUGAUGUUUGAUAAAGAGGUCACUGUGCCAUAUAAUAAUGGCAUUGAUCAAAAUUAUUCCUACACUGUGAAUUCUACGUCCGAUGAACCUGAAUUAAUUAACAAGUGGUUUGAACUUUAUGUUAAGUUGGAGAACUCUAUUGUUGUGAAAAAGGAGAGUGAGGCAGAAAGCGUGCAAGAAUGUGAAGAGAACAUGGAUCUCUUUCAAUCGGAGACAGACUCUUCUCUAUCCCACAUCACACCGCAAAAGAGAGCAAUAUUACUUGAUGAACAUUCACCCUUAGGGAUGCAGCUUUCAACUAACAAGAAACUCAAGUCUGUUAUGCCUCAAGAAGAAGAUGAACUCUAG